AUGCCACCUAAAACCAAAAAAGAAUUAGAAGCAGAGGCUCUACGUUUAGCAGAAGAGUAAAGAUUGCGUGAGGAAGAAGAAAGAAAGAGAAAAGAAGAAGAGAGAAAAAAAUAUGAAGUAAAAACACUAGAUACAGGACUUGAAUGCAUUUUUACUGAUUAUUAUGUAACUGAAUGCUUUGAAAACAGCAAUGAUCCUAGAUAAUUCACAAAAGAAUAUCUAUAAAGUUAUUAUUUCAGAGAUAAUAAUUAUUCUUAAAAUUUCAGAGAAAUAGACUGGAUUACUUUGAUAGAAUAUACAUUAUAUAACCUAAAUUUUGCUAAAAACGAAUUGAAUUUGACUAAUCAAUAGGCUAAAAUUUUUAUAAAUAUUAUGUUUGAUGUUUUAAGACUAAAUGAUCUUAAGUACACAACAUUUACUUUACCUAAAACCUAAAACGAAAGAGGGGAAGAGGUGGAUUUAGAAGAAAAAGAAAGAGAAAAGUAUAUUUCUUCUAAAGUUAGGUUAUAAGGUUAAAAAACAAAACAAAAAGAUUUCGAGCAUUUAAAAAACUUAUUAAUAAAUCACAGUGUAGACUAGCCACCUAAUAAAUUAAAAUUUUUCACUUCUGACUAGCUUUAAUAAAUGUUUAUUUAUGCAAAUAACAGUUAUUUUGCUCACUAUAAUCUGUAUUCUUAUAUUCAAAGAAAAGAGCAGCGUCAGGUUGAUAUAUUCUAAACAGUAUAUGUUGAUUAAAUGGUAGAUAUUCCUCCACUUGAGUAGGGUCUCUUUGUACCUAUUGAUAAAAAGGAUGAAGAGCAAUUAGAAAGAGAAAGAAGAUAAUUCUUGCAACAAUAAUUAGAAGAAGAAUAAGCUUUAGAAGCUCUAAAAAGAAAAUAGGAAGAAUAAGGCUAAGAAGAGGAAGAAGAACCUCUAGAUCCUAUCGCCUUAGAAAUUAUUAGAGAAAAAGUAAAAGAAACUGAAUAAAUUAUGUAACAAAAGCUCAUAGAUAGGCAGAAUGCUCUUAAUGAAAAGUUAUAAGAAUUAGAUAAGCCAAAAAAACCAGUCAAAAAAUGA